CACGAAUGCCUCCCCCGCCCCACUAUUGGGGUCCAAUGCCUAUGAGGGGUCACAUGCCUGGUGGCCCACCACUACCGCCGCCUCAGUUCAUGCCUCCACCGGGAAGACCGCGUGAGUUGAUAGGCGUGCCCACCAUCGACAACAACAACGUCCGUCACAAUCAACCCCUUUCUAAUCGCACUGUUAUUGAGCCCAACAUUCAGAUGGGAAUGAGAGGCGGUAUGCGAGGAGGCAGAGGGCAUAUGGGCAGAGGAGGCUAUAGGGGGCAUAUGAGGCGAGUGGUCAACGAUAACUCCGAUAAGACAUGUCUCGAAGUGCGAAAGAUUCCCUCAAAUCUGAACUCCAUUUUACACCUAAACCAACACUUUUCCAAAUUUGGAUCAAUUGUUAAUUUGCAGGUAUGCCAUGAGGGCGAUCCCGAAGCGGCAUUAGUACAGUACGCGAGCCAUGGCGAGGCGUUGGCUGCCAUUAGGAGUACAGAAGCCGUGCUAAACAAU